CAGGCGUUCUGAGUACUUGUUUUGCCCAUUGCACCCUGUGGACUCUGUGUUCCUCCCAUGGCAUACACAGUCUGCAGUAAUCUUGCACCACAUCAGCUUCUCUGUAAACCAGAGAUCUGCCAUGGCAUGCUUGCUAAAGGCUGGGAAGCACACAGAAGUCCUCACACCAGUCUAUGCAAAAAGUGUCAUGGCGGUCUGCAUAUUCUUCCUUUGUGCUAUGAUACCUCUCCCAGGUAUUGCUGGCAGUGUGCAUCAGGUGAAGGCAUUUCUCAAUCACACUGCAUACCUAUCCUGCUAUUUUCCAAACCCUCAGAAAAUUGACGCGAGGGACUUAAUAGUUUUUUGGCAAAAAGACUCUGAUAGCGUGGUGAACGAACUAUACUACGGUGAAGAAAAAUAUGACCACCUCAGUCCUGAGUAUAUAAAUCGCACAAAAGUGGAUGUGGACAAAUGGACUUUGCAAUUGCUAAAUGCAGGAGUAAAGGACGAGGGAUGCUAUGAGUGUAUUAUACAGCACAAAAAGGAAGGACCGCCGAAGGUCAUACACACAUCUGAGUGCUCACUGCACAUCAUUGCCAACUAUAGUCAACCUGAGAUAGCACAACUGCACACUGGGGAACUAAAGCCCAAUGGAUACUUGAAUCUAUCCUGUUCUUCCAUUGGAGGUUAUCCAGAGCCUAAGGAGAUGACUUGGCUAAUGUCAUAUGAAAACACAACAAACAGACAUAUGCCUCACAUGGACGUCUCACAGGAUGCUAUAACAAAGCUGUACAAUGUUACUAGCAAGCUGAAUAUCCCAGUUCCUACAAACAGCCUCGCUAAUAUUAGCUGCUUGCUUCACCUCGGAGAGCAGCUGGGAAUCCUUGUCUCAGCGCCGCUACACAUAGAGAUACAGGAGCAAGGAGAGGAGAAAGUAAAUAUAAAUUUCUCUGGCCCACUUAUAGCUGUGGUUGUACUGGUGACACUUCUUCUGGGUUUUGUGAUAUUGAAGAACAGAAAUAUCUUUUCUACCAACCGGAGUAAGUCAGUCUAGCAGUAUAGAAGCUAUCCAGCUUGAAACUGAGGCCAUCAGCCAGACUACUGACAGAGAACUGCCUCUGCACAUAGCAAGGCCUGAGGUCCUAUGUUUUUAGAGGCUCUGCCAGAACAAGAAUCCCCCACAGAUGCCCUACAGAACAACAUGCAACAUUUUUGUCUGAUGGCUGAAACCUACUGCCCAGUGUAUUAUGGUUUUAUUUUUGCUCCAGGAGGGUAGUAAAU